UUUUUCUAUCUCUACAAACAACGAAAGAAGUUUGAAAGAGAGAUCGAUGGCAGCUCUUAAGACAAUGCAAGCUCUGAUCUUUCUUGGUCUAUUGGCCACGUCCUGUAUGGCUCAAGCUCCGGCUCCAGCACCCAUCAUGGUUCUCCCACCGGUUGAGUCUCCUGCUAUGACACCAACCGCUUCACCACCCUCUCCGGUACCGGUUGCUUCACCACCCUCUCCGGUACCCGUUGCUUCACCACCGGUUAUGGUUCCCGAGCCAACUCCAGCUCCAGCGACUCCUCCCCCCGUCUAUUCACCGACUAAGUCUCCAAAAACUUCCCCUGUCGCUUCUCCCCCGAAAGCUAUGGCUCCAGUCCCAUCUGCCUCAACACCAACACCAACCCCAUCACCGUCACCAGCUCCGGCUCCUGAAGCUGAAGGACCAGUUGCUGACUCAGCAUUGACUAACAAAGCUUUCCUCGUGAGCACCGUCAUUGCCGGAGCCUUGUACGCGGUCGUUUUGGCUUAGGAAAGCCUUGAGUAUAUUAUUCUCUUUCUCUAUAUAUCCUUUGUUUGUUCUUAUCAAUAUGAUUUGUUUGUCGAGUUUCUCUCUUUUCUCUAAUACAUUUUGUGUUUAUUCCUCUUUGUUGGUGUCUAUGUUUUUUUUUUUUUUU